AUGCUUACUGACCCUGAUUUACCUCAGGAGUUUGAAAGGAUGUCUUCCAAGCGACCAGCCUCUCCGUAUGGGGAAGCAGAUGGAGAGGUAGCCAUGGUGACAAGCAGACAGAAAGUGGAAGAAGAGGAGAGUGACGGGCUCCCAGCCUUUCACCUUCCCUUGCAUGUGAGUUUUCCCAACAAGCCUCACUCUGAGGAAUUUCAGCCAGUUUCUCUGCUGACGCAAGAGACUUGUGGCCAUAAGACUCCCACUUGCCAGCACAAUACAAUGGAAGUUGAUGGCAAUAAAGUUAUGUCUUCAUUUGCCCCACACAACGCAUCUACCUCACCUCAGAAGGCAGACGACGGUGGGCGGCAGAGCGGCGAGUCCUUGUCCAGCGCAGCCCUGGGAACCCCGGAGCGGCGCAAAGGCAGCCUGGCUGACGUGGUGGACACCUUGAAGCAAAGGAAGAUGGAAGAGCUCAUCAAAAACGAGCCCGAAGAAACCCCCAGUAUUGAAAAGCUACUAUCGAAGGACUGGAAAGACAAGCUUCUUGCAAUGGGUUCAGGGAACUUCGGUGAAAUAAAAGGAACUCCUGAAAGCCUCGCUGAGAAGGAGAGGCAGCUUAUGGGUAUGAUCAAUCAGCUGACCAGUCUGCGAGAGCAGUUGUUAGCUGCCCAUGAUGAGCAGAAGAAACUGGCUGCGUCUCAGAUUGAGAAACAACGUCAGCAAAUGGAGCUGGCCAAGCAGCAGCAAGAACAGAUUGCCAGACAGCAGCAGCAACUUCUGCAGCAACAACACAAAAUCAAUUUGCUUCAGCAACAGAUCCAGCAGGUUCAAGGUCAACUGCCGCCAUUGAUGAUUCCCGUUUUCCCUCCUGACCAACGGACACUGGCUGCAGCUGCCCAGCAAGGAUUCCUUCUGCCUCCAGGCUUCAGCUACAAGGCUGGAUGCAGUGACCCUUACCCUGUUCAGCUGAUCCCAACUACCAUGGCAGCUGCUGCCGCAGCAACACCAGGCUUAGGCCCACUCCAACUGCAGCAGUUAUAUGCUGCCCAGCUGGCUGCGAUGCAGGUGUCCCCAGGAGGAAAGCUCCCAGGCAUACCCCAAGGCAACCUCGGUGCUGCUGUAUCUCCUACCAGCAUUCACACAGACAAGAGCACAAACAGCCCGCCACCCAAAAGCAAGGAUGAAGUGGCACAGCCACUGAACCUAUCAGCUAAACCCAAGACCUCUGAUGGCAAAUCACCCACAUCACCCACCUCUCCCCAUAUGCCAGCUCUGAGAAUAAGCAGUGGGGCGGGCCCCCUCAAAGCCUCUGUCCCAGCAGCAUUAGCUAGUCCUUCAGCCAGAGUUAGCACAAUAGGUUAUUUAAAUGACCAUGAUGCUGUCACAAAGGCAAUCCAAGAGGCGCGGCAGAUGAAGGAGCAACUUCGGCGGGAACAACAGGUGCUUGAUGGGAAGGUGGCUGUUGUGAAUAGUCUAGGUCUCAAUAACUGCCGGACAGAAAAGGAAAAAACAACACUGGAGAGUCUGACUCAGCAAUUGGCAGUUAAACAGAAUGAAGAAGGAAAAUUUAGCCAUGCCAUGAUGGAUUUUAAUAUGAGUGGAGAUUCAGAUGGAAGUGCUGGAGUCUCAGAAUCAAGGAUUUAUAGAGAAUCUAGAGGGCGUGGUAGCAAUGAACCCCACAUAAAGCGUCCAAUGAAUGCCUUCAUGGUGUGGGCUAAAGAUGAACGAAGGAAAAUCCUUCAAGCUUUUCCUGACAUGCACAACUCCAACAUCAGCAAGAUAUUGGGGUCUCGCUGGAAAGCUAUGACAAACCUAGAGAAACAGCCAUAUUAUGAGGAGCAAGCCCGGCUCAGCAAGCAGCACCUGGAGAAGUACCCCGACUACAAGUACAAGCCCAGGCCCAAGCGCACCUGCCUCGUGGACGGCAAGAAGCUGCGCAUCGGGGAGUACAAGGCCAUCAUGCGGAACCGGCGGCAGGAGAUGCGGCAAUACUUCAACGUUGGGCAACAAACACAGAUCCCCAUCGCUACUGCUGGUGUUGUGUACCCUGGAGCCAUCACCAUGGCUGGGAUGCCCUCCCCUCACCUGCCCUCCGAGCACUCAAGCGUGUCCAGCAGCCCCGAGCCGGGCAUGCCCGUCAUCCAGAGCACUUACGGCGUGAAAGGAGAGGAGCCACAUAUCAAAGAAGAGAUACAGGCCGAGGACAUCAACGGAGAGAUUUAUGAUGAAUACGACGAGGAAGAGGAUGAUCCAGACGUAGAUUAUGGGAGUGACAGUGAAAACCAUAUCGCAGGACAAGCCAACUGA